AUGUUAAUCCGCAGAAGCCCUCAGCUUCACACCCCGAUGUACAUUUUCCUCAGCCAUUUGGCCUUUGUGGAUAUUGGGUGUUCCAUGUCAGUCAUGCCCAGUAUGAUCGUGAGUUCUGUUGCUGGCUGCAUAGCUCAGCUUGGCUCUGAUGUUAUCUUUGGAACGGCAGAGUGCUUCCUGCUGGCCACCAUGGCCCGUGAUCGCUAUGUGAGCAUCUGUUCUCCACUUCUCUACUCUACCCUGCCUUCCAGAGUCUGUAUCAUCCUAUUGGCUGUUCCCUAUCUGGGGGGAUGUGUGAAUGUGUCAUCAUUUACUGGCUGUUUAUUGAGCUUGACUUUCUGUGGGUCAAAUAAAAUCAACCAUUUCUUCUGUGACCUCCCACCAUUAGCAAAACUUUCUUGUACCCAUAUCUAUGUUGCUGAAGUAUCUCCUGCCAUCUCAGCUGGGUCAGUCCUUGUAAUCACACUGGUCAUCAUAGCUGUUUCAUAUCUAUACAUCCUGCACUCCGUCCUACGUACGCACUUCCCCGAGGGAGGACACAAGGCCUUCUCUAUUUGUAUUUCUCACCUCAGUGCGGUCACUUUGUUUUAUGGGACAGUCACAUUUGUCUAUGUCACACCAAAGUCAGGUCACUCGUCUGACCACAUUAAAGUGGUGUCUGUGUUCUACACAGUGUGA